AAGCAAUGCGGUACCACUACAAACUGCUCCGUAUAGCUUCGCAUUAUUUCUCCAAAAACGGAAUAAAUUUUGGAAGUGAUGUGUAAAAUGUGAUAUAAGUAAUAUUUUAAUAUUCGCGCGUGAUCGUCUGAUUACCCGCUGUUUCCGCAAAUGUUAAAAGAAAAAAUAAAAGGAAUUAAGAAGAGAAAAAGGUGAAAGUUAACAAUUCUGUUGUUACAUAUUCUGAUCGCUGGCUCCAUGAUUGUGGCAAAAUGGUGGAUUGGCAAAAGACACUUCUAAUGGUGUUAUUGGCGCUCCUGAUCUAUCCAAAUGAUAUUUUUGGCGGCGCUUUUCAACCCGAAUUCUCCGGCCCUAUCACCAAUCAAACUGUGGCACUCGGGAGGGACGCCACUUUCACGUGUCUGGUGAAACAUCUAGGUGGUUACAGGGUCGGUUGGGUAAAGGCGGACACGAAGGCGAUCCAGGCGAUACACGAUCACGUGAUCACGCACAACCAGAGGGUGUCCGUGUCCCAUAGCGACCACUCUAUAUGGAACCUGCACAUCAAGGGCGUGCAGAAAGAGGACGGCGGCCUUUAUAUGUGUCAAAUCAAUACGGAUCCUAUGAAGAGUCAGACAGGUAUGCUGUCUAUUGUUGUGCCACCUGAUUUCGAUCCUGAAGCUACAUCGAGCGACAUGAUGGUAGGCGAGGGCGGCCAGGUGAAGUUAACGUGCCGGGCGAGAGGCGUUCCCGAGCCGCGCGUAUCCUGGCGCCGGGAAGACGGCAAGAACAUUAUAAUUCGGGAGCCAUUUGCAGGAAGCGCCCCGAACCAGAAGUCUCACGUCCGAAUCGUGUCCGAAUUUUCGGGCGAGGAACUAAAACUGACGAAGAUCUCGAGGAACGAGAUGGGGGUUUAUCUGUGCAUCGCCAGCAACGGGGUUCCGCCCGCGGUCAGCAAACGUAUUUCUAUCAACGUUCAUUUUCCGCCAGUGAUUCACGUACCCAAUCAGCUGGUCGGCGCGCCCUUGGGGACCGACGUGAUCUUGGAAUGUUUCGUCGAGGCGUCCCCGAUGUCGAUUAACUAUUGGGUCAAGGACCCCAAGGGUGAGAUGACACGUGCGAUGAUAAUAUCCAGCGUCAGGCACAACGUCCAGAUGACGACGAAAUCACCGUUCGAGGUCCGGAUGAGCCUCAUGAUCCGGAAUUUGCAGAAAAACGACGUGGGAACGUACCGGUGUGCGGCCAAAAAUUCCCUCGGCGAGGUUGAGAGUAGUAUUCGAUUAUACGAGAUUUCGGGACCGGCGAAAACGCAGACACCACCGUUCUAUGACGAGGAGGACGAGGUGGUGUACGGUUCGGCGGAGAUGGACAAGAUGGACAAGCCACUAGCGGUGGAUAACACGGUCCACGGACACGUGGGUUAUCCGUCGCUCGCCACGCCGUCCUCCACGAUCCGCGUCGGCAAGAAACGACCGAUCAACGCGAGUUCGGGCGCUGAUCCUUAUCCACGACGGCUCUUCGUCCUGGUGUCGCCGCUGUUGUGGCUUUUUAUUGUUUGCCGAAGAUGGUGAUGGUGAUGAGAAACGGGAAAUGAGCCGAGGAACUCUGAAGGACUUGAGUCAUGGCACUCUCAAUGCUCGCACGUUGCGAUUCUCGUAACGCGAUCUCUCGCAACGACAUAAUUCGGAAGAAGAAUUGUUAUAUACGAUCGACACUCAAUGACCAUAAAAUCGAAGUUGUUUGUAUAGCGAGCUGCCGCGAGAAAGAAAAAUAGAUAGAAUAGGUAUUUGAGAAAAUUCGGUGCUAUUCCCCAAACGUACUAUAUUUUAAUUUUAACUGAUGAACGCGAAGAAGCCGCUACGGCCCGUAGCUAAGUCCGCGUGCAGUAAAAGCCCGCAAGCUUUAAUCUUCAUUGGCUAUUCAGCAGCUUGCACGGCUCUACGCGGCAAAAACAACUUCGAAUGGGCUUAAGUCGCCGCCGCCGACGACGACGUAUCGUCUUCCUUGAGUGGCUUAUUCGUAAUUCGUAGACCUAAUCAAUGCAUCGGAAGCUCGCGGAAGGGAUGAACCAGAUGGGACUGAAGGCGGGGGGACGUGCAUUGCGGAGCAUAUAUUGAUCGUGAUACUUGAAUCGGAGAAUCGAUCGGUGAGUGCUAAGUUAAUUAAAAUCAGGGAUCGAAUUCAGUAUAAUUUAAUUUGAUUCUAUUUUAUACAUUAUACAUUAAUGCCCUAGAUUUUUACUCCUAUGUAUAAAAUUAGACUUGUAUGACGUAAUCCCAUUUUACGAUACACACAAGAUAUCACCAUUUUAUUUGAUUUCAACGGUGAUUUAUGAGAAUGAGAUUAAUACUAGCAUCAAUCGAGCUAAAUAAUGAUUUUUAUGUAAAAUAUAAAUUAAAUCAAAAAUUGAAAAUCUUAACUUUUUAUUUUAUUUUUAAUUAUUUAUUAGCGAAGAAAAGGUUAUUAUCGUAAAAUAUCAAUUUCUUCUCUAUUUUCUUAUGCGAAAGCAUGCGCGCGUAUUAUCAAAUCAAAUUGCGGAUUCUCGAUAUAUCGAAUCGAAACGUUACGAAAGAAAGAAAUGUUAGACGCAAAAUGUAAGGAGAAAGACAAUGAAGCGAUAGAGGCUGAAAUUGAACGGACAGAUGAGGUCAACGAUAAGGAGAAGAACAUAUCUCGAAAUGAUAAUCCUGAAUAAUAUUCGCGCGGAUCGAAGAGUCAGGUGCGUAACUCCUCAGUUUCGGCGGCAAUAAAUCUGCGUGAUAUGUACAUAUUUACGUGUAUCAUAUACAGGCACGCUCGCACGUGUAUAUGUGUGCAUACGUCAGGGUAAAACUAACACAUUCGUGCCACUUUUCCCCCAGCUCUGCCCCGCUGCGCUCUCCAGUCGCGUGCGAGUGGCGUGGCGUUCCGUAGAUAGCCAUUACGAUUACGCCGGUGUAAUAGGAUAUGUAUCGCGAGUUUAAACGAGUAUUGAAAGCUUUAAAGGAGUUCGAGCCAGAAGUAGCAAGACGCGCCGUGUCUCUCGCGUGACGCCCCUCGAUCUCGAACGAAUCGAUCGUGGACACAAGCGGCCCCCAAGUUGUUCGCCACACACGCCUCGAUCACGGACGUGCGAUCGUAACCUGUUCUCUCUCCCGCAAACUUUCUUUUCUUCUCCGCAAGGUUACCGGUCGCUCGGGGGAGUUUUUACAGCCCUCUCGUUUAGCGGCUCUCGACAGCACAAAACUCUUCAGUCAACACGGAAUUAAGUAUGUCUUCGGCGAAACAUUUAGUGCUCUACUUUUUGAAUACGAUUCUUCGUACCAAAGUGUUCCCCAAUAGCGGCGGAGUGGAGAAUCGUUUUCAAUGAUUGUUCACUCAAGGGUUUCGAGAACGAGCUCUAGAUAUUGAAACUUCUUUUCGGUUAAAAUAAAAUUGGAUGAUAUUCGUCAGGUAUUUACUUGAAAAUAUUAAUAGCAACUGUUGAUCGUGAAUUUAACAUUAAUGGAUUUAACAUAGAUAAAUCUAAAAACAAUGCUGAAUAAAACUCCAUUCUCGAGAGUUUCUAAAAGCAGAAACUAAAAAAGUAACAAAAAUCGGAAGAACAAAUUUUUUUUUAUAAAAGGAAGAAUUGAACGGAAAUAAAUAUUGCAUUUUUGGAUAUUGUAAGAAAUGAAAUCAGCAUAAGUCAGUAUAGUUCUUGUCCUCAUUGAUUGACUUAACGACAAGACAACAAACUCAAUAUUUUAUAUCCGUCAAAUAUAAUAAGUAUAAUAUUACAAAUAUAAUGCAUUUGACAUUUUUAUGACCACGGCUGAUUCUUUGUAAGUUUAUAGUUUUGCAAGAAAUAUAACAUUAAACUCUAAUUUUGCUUACAACCAGCGUAAAAUAAAAUUAUCAAUAAAUAUUUAAGAAAAUUACAAACUAACAUAUAAAAUUAACAUUUUUUAAUGAAAAUUAAAAUAUGUAAAAGAGAUAUUUGAGAUAAUAAAGAUGCUUCUCAAAAAUCUACGUUGUGUAUAAAUUACAAGCUAUAAUGAGACUUAUAGGAGCAAUUCAAUCAAAAUAGUCAAUAAAAAAUUUUACCGAUCGCGCGUCCUACGAUCAGGAAGUGAUAUAUGAUUACUUGUUUCCAGUGUGAGCCAAACAACUAAUAAGUGUUCGAUAGCAUUAGUAACGAUUGUUUUCUGGCGCGAGUUGCUUCAAGUGAGUAGAGUUCAUGUGUGAGAGAAAGAAAAAAGAGAGUGUGUGUGUGUGUGUGUGUGUGAGAGAGAGAGAGAGAGAGAGAGAACGGUACUAAUUAUAUUUUUAUAUUUCCAUAGUGUGAUUACGUUCCGUAUCGAUAGAUUUUUAAUUACUGUCAAACCCUUGUCCAGCCAUUCCAAUCGUUGUUAUCGUGACAUUCGGUUCUCGCAGUAAUUUCUCUAAUUAUACUUGACGUACAGCAACAGCGAACGUCGUGACGUAAUGGCGUGUCCAGAUUGGCUGUUCCGAUUCCGCUUUCGGAUCUCUAUCCUUUUUUCGAACGAAAAUCCACAAAGUGGAUCUAACACAACCAGUGGAAAGAUAACAAAAUCGAUCGCAUCGAUUCCCCACGCAUCACUCGCUACGAGUGCUACGACAGUUUUGUAUUCACUUGCUAAAUAAAUCGGGCGUCCCCGUGGGUGCUUGGUUUUGAAGUUUUAUGGCAACUGAAAUUGCGUCUCGUUACGCUUCGCGGUUCGUUUUCGGUACUCGCCGUCAGCUCUCUCGCAGGAGCGUCAUCAUACGUGCCCAAUUUCUAUUAAAAUCCAUUUUCGUGUGUGUCUCAAUCGAUUUGUCUUUCAUGAUCGGUUUGCCCGCACCUAAUUGCUCUUAAACAUCAACCAAACUUUUUUUACGUGAAACAUGAAAUUAGUCCUUUCGCUAUUUUACUUAAUUUCAAAAUAAAAGCUGUAAUGAAGUUUUUAUAUUGCAAAUAGUUUAUAGUUUCAAAGUAAUAUUGAAAUUUAAAAAAGAGAGAAGUUUUAAUGGUAAAAUGGUUACACAGUAUUUGCUUGCAUUGUUCUAAAAUGCACGACAAAAUGGAGAUACAUUAAAUGACAAUUUAGGAGAGAAUCGUUAUUUUAUAUUCUCGAUAUUGUAUAUACAUUUUAGAUUCACGCUUGUUCCGCUGAAACGUCGCAUCUGAUAAAUUUGUCGUUUGCAACGUUUUUCUGGGGAACCCUUCAAUUAACCAAUGGCCCAUUUUGCGUUCGAUAUAAUAUGCGACGUGCCACAUUCGUCACUGCAAUCUACAUCGAAAUGGCCGGCCGCAAAAAAAACCUGGUUCGCGAAGCGUCCUCAAGCGUCCUCACGAGAGCCAAUGAAUGGUCGCUCUCUCGGUGACCGAAAAAAAAACCCUCGAGGAAAAAAAAUCGCGACGCUUUUUCCCCCGACGGGCCAAAUCGCGCUCGUUUGCGACACGCCGUCGUAGCCUGCGAGGCCGCGAACGAGCGUUGUUCCCUCUUAUUUCGUCGGAGGGAAUCCUCGUUUCGGAGCGAUUAUCGUAUCUCUCUCUCUCUCUCACUCUUCCUCUCUCUCCGGGCGACGCGGGAAAACAGCGGAGAGGUAGGCCGCCUCUCUCGGUCACCGUGAGAAAUUAUAUAAGGGCGAAUCCGCCUUUAAGGACUAGAGGAGGAAGAUCUUAGUUCCUCCAUAAAUAAACACAACUGCCCGCGCAGCUGGCGCGGACGUAAUUCAUCGUGAAUUAAUUUAAGGGCCACCGCCGCCUCCCCCCCUCUCGCCCUAGUCUCACGUUUUCAUUAGAAGGCCCGGCGUGCCGAGGCCGCCAUUUGGCGGCUCUCGCUUUUAUGCUGAUUUUAUUUCCCUUCUUUCGCGAACUCGCAGCAUCCACGGAGUAAUUGUGCGGUAUUAUUAUCCGCGCCACAAGUCGGGGCGGCACGAAACGACCGCGUGACAUACGGUCCAUCGAAUCGAGCGAGGGCCAAAGUCAAGAUUUCGUGGUUCGCCGAAGGUCCCCUGCCUUCUCCCUGUCGUACGUUCUCAUUCUCACCAUCUUCAUUUUCAUCGUCGACGUCGUCGCGGUGCCCGAAGAUGUCGAUGGCUCCCUUCGUAUGACUUCCAAACGAGCUUACCGUUCCGUGUGGACUACGUCGCGCGGUCGUCUCCAUAAAGUUACAACUGCAGCUGCAGUUACAGUUGUAACCCUUCUCACGCUGCAGGCCCCCAAGCCGUCUCUCCGGCGGCUAUGGCUGCUCGUAGAUUUCUGACCCCCCUCUCGGCCACUCGCUUAAUCGCCGUCGGUUACGCUUAUUAAAGUCCCGAGAGGUACGACGUGUAAGCCCGUCGGGGCGAUAUACACGGGGGACGCAGAUAGUUACGUAUGCGCGCCGGUUGCACGACGUUGGUUUAUCGCGCGCUCGCAGUCCGUGCUUUUCGCCGUUUCGACAUGCCAGACGAAGGGUAGGUACAGUUUCAGAAGUGCGCACUUCAACACGUCGCAACGAGAACGAUCAAUGUAAUUUCGCGACUUGAUCGCAAGGGGACAAAUGUCCCCCAUACGUGUAACAUUUUCCUCAGUUUUGUCUCUGAUUCAUCAAAUAUUAUUUGGAACCGUAGAUAACCGUGAUAAAGAUGUGCAAAAAUAAUUUACCUUCAUCACAAAAUUACAACGCGCACACGUUGAUUAUUCUCGAUCCGGGAUGGAUGAAUGAAUGAUUUACGAAUCGAUAUCCGUCAACUUUCGUGUCUCUUUUUACGUGUUAAUUGAAAUUUUGAUAACGUUUUUUAAACGUCAGUUCUUCGCUCGAGGCGCUUCAACAUUGAUAUAUUUUGGCACUUUAACUGCCAGACGAUUUGGGAUUUUUCUACGACACGAUCGAACAGCUUCGAGAAGUUUGUUUUAUGAGUCUUAAGUGGGUCGAUUGAACUGGUAUAAAGUUUUAAGAGUUUUGGAGAAGGAGAAUUAGCCAACUUCCUUUUAUCUGCGUGAAUUAUCGCCUCCGCGGAUCGUCCCUUUUGGCAUUCACGUUGACAUUGUGUGAAAUAAUGCUAUGUUUUUAUCUUCCAAUGGUUUUACGAUAUUGUACAAACAAUAUACCUCGCGUAAUGCAAAUUUCAUUUAUUUUUCUUUAUUUCAAUUAUGUGAUACUGUCGUUUUUAUCGAUCUCUUCUCGUAUAGAAUGUCGAUAUACUAUACGAUUCCUGAACUUCCUUCGUCUUUUUUGCCCCAGUAUACCCAUGCUUAUCUUUUUCAUGGCUCCUCUUUUAUUUACUUUAGUUUUCGCAACGUGGCUUGUUGCAGUCGUUAGUUUUUCUUUGCGCUUAUUGAGUCGUAAAUAACAUAUCUUCCUUAUCGAACGAAAACACCGUUGCAAAAAAAACCUAUCCAAAUACCUGUUCUAGAAUUUUUCGCUCUUCGUGCAGUAGUUUUCACAAUCGAGUUUCGAAGCUGUGUUAACUUGCACAAACACACACACACACAGACACAUACUCACCUACACACACACACACAAAAAAUAAGUAAGUUAAAAAUAUUUUUAGUUCAUUGACAUAAUGUGCCACAAAAAAGAAAAAAAAAGCAAGAAUCAUAUCCUUGUGACAGAGAUAUUACUCUUAGAAACAUGCGAAAUUUUAUCGUGCAUAAAUCGGCGAAUACAGAUUCUUAAGAAAACAAAGAUCGAUUAAAGUAACUGUAUUCGAAACGCGAUGAACGUCUUAAGUGAUACAUUUCCUCUUUCAAUUCCCGAUCGCACGGAUAAUCGGAUUCUCGACGCUUAUUUCCCAACUUUGAGUUCGGGCGACGGACAAUAUUGGGAUACAGGUCUCGAGAAGUAAAAUGUAUUAUGGAUGUAGCACGGGGAAAAAAAACGUUCUCGCGCGAGAGCUGCCGAUGAAUUUCCUGCGUAACGGGAUACAGGGCCGCGGACCACCCUCGAAAUCUCUAAGUCGUCCGCCGUGGAGAUUAUCACUGGCGAUUAUCUAGGCAACUGUAUGUCAUUGCCACUCGGCGAAGUCCUGCGGCGGCUCAUUCCUCCUUUCGCGCUUCCAAAUACUCCUCCAGACUGUAAUAUCAGACAAUACGAGAAAACGAAACUUCGAAUACGUGGAAAACUGUUAGCGGUGUGCAUGAUGCGAAGAAUAAUUUCUCAACCCUUUAAGGAAUAUUUAAACCCUCCUCCUUCUCUUCCAGCGCCACUAAGCUUUAGGAUCGAUAUCAUAAAGCCGUAUUUUAUUAACAUCAGAAGAGUCGAGAUAAAAUAAUAUCAUUUCUUAUUAGAUUCAAUGAAUUAUCUUUGACUAUCGAUCUAUUACAUAUCUUCAAAGUACGAACAUAUCGUUGAUCAUAUUAAGACCAAAAAUAAAAAAUGUUACCUUAAGAUAAGCAGUUAACUUAAAAACUUAAACCAUCAAAGAGGCCUUUACCCGGCAAUCUUUCAUGUAUUCUAUCAAUAUUUUAUUUAUCUGCAAACUUUAAUCCGGUUUAGUCUUUUUAAAUCCACACACACACACACACACACACACACAUUUAGAAGAUUUAUAUUUUUCCCUUUUUUAAUAAAAACUUUCCUUUAAUUAUACUUCCCUUCUUCUUUAAUAAAAUGUUUCAAAAAAGAGUGUCACUUUAGAAAUUAAAAUGUAACGAAAAAGAAGAAAACAUUAAACAAGGAGUGUCUUUUUCAAUAUGAUUACAGAUAUAGGUGUCUCGAUUCUUCUGAUGUUAACCACAAAGUAACUUUCCUAUUGAGUUUUAAUCGAUAUGAUGUAUUGUAUACUUUUUGUAAGAUAAUAAAAGGCGAACACGGUUGAAAGGUGGUUCCUUGGUUAGAUUUAUGUAAAGUCCCAGUAAGUCGAGAUGUAUCCCGAGAUCAUCUUGGUCCUGACGGGGAUACCUCGCGAAAUAGAAAUGUGCUUUAAGAAUCCUUUGGGACACGAAACGUGCUUGUCAAUGAGUGUUCAAGAAGCUAAUUAAAUGAAUUGCAUUGUCUUCGUUCACGAGCGCAAUCGAUUCGACUUGUACAUUAAGAGAAGAAGUUGCAACCCCCUGCGUUGUUAAAUGGGACAAUCGCGUUCCGUAUCUGAACGAAUCUCGGCGUUGUUGCGAGUAUUAUCUCAAGAUGAUAGAAUGAAAUACUGCUCGUGUAAAGGUAAGUUCGACCGUCGACAAUGUAUACCAAACCUAAACGCUGUAUCUUCCUGUACUUAUAAAUAAUAAUCGCGAAGUCAUAGUAGCGUUCGAUACCGAUUUCCUCGACGGCGUCUUUCCCCCCCAGCGCGUGAUGCAUAGUGCUCCCGUAAUUUUGUAUAAUUGUACGUACGAGCAAUCGAUCACCUUGGUAAGCGAAGAUUAAUUAAAAACGAGACGACGAGCGACAAACGGAUUGUAUAUAAAUAUAGUCGUGUAAGAAGGUAGCGGAGAAUAAUUCUGUAAAUAAUUGUGAACAAAAAAAAAAUACUGUAAUCAAGUAUCACGGCGGAAUAAAGACGGAGCUUCGUGUUGCAUAUGAAGCUAUCGAUAAGAUAAUAA